CUCUCUCUGGUGUGGUUCUCAUUUACAGAUUCUCCACCUUCCUUUCCUUGAGGCUGAUCACAGACGCUGCAAUGGGAAACAAAAUGAUCUGGGUUCUGGCCAUUUUGACCAUUGUAGGGCUCAGCAAUGCCUUGCUGCCUUCCGGACAAUGCAAUGUUCCAGCAAGAUCAAGAGAAAAUUGUGGCUACCCAGGCAUUGGCGAAAUUGAAUGCAGUGCAAGGCAAUGUUGCUUUGAUUCAAACGUGAUUGAUGCCCCCUGGUGCUUCAAACCCAUUUCAAUAGAAGUUUUCUUGGAAAGUAUUAAAGUGAACAAGCUGGAUAUAGCAAUGGAAUGCAAGCAAUGGUUAUUGUUGAUUGCUGCCCUGUGCUUAGGAUCUGUCUGUUCCCAAAAUAGAAGACAUCCACCAUAUGCAUGCCAAUGUCUGAUGGAUGUCAAGGCUAGAAAGAGGUGUGAUUCCACUUCUGCAGGCAUCACUGCAGAGCAAUGCACAGAAAAGGGCUGCUGCUUUGAUGCAACUGUGCCUGAUGUCCCAUGGUGCUUCAAACCUUCUGGAGAAAGAGCUUCACUCCAAUAUGCAAAGAGAAUGAUUGAACCACAAGCAAGAGUGGACUGUGGCUAUCAAGGGAUCACGCGCAAGAGGUGCAAAAGGAUUGGAUGCUGUUUUGACCGAAAGGCUUCCGACACAUCAGUGUGCUUCUAUCCCCCAGUGAAUGAGGUUUCCCAGCAUUGUGUAAUGGACAUGAGCGCAAGGGAAGACUGUGGAUACCCAGGCAUCACUGCCGAGGAAUGCCAGGGAAGAGGAUGCUGUUUCAAUUCAUAUGUUGUUAGUACACGGUGGUGUUUUUACCCAACAUCCGUAACAGGACCUCCCAAGAUGUGUGGAAUGGCACCAAACAAAAGGGUGGGUUGUGGAUUCCCUGGCAUCUCUGCUGAUGAAUGCUUGAAGAAAGGAUGCUGCUUUGAACAUUACCAGUAUGCCCAAAAUGUUCCCUGGUGCUUUGAACCUUUGGCGAGGCAAGGGAAUUUUUCAACCCAUAGGGACUGUGAGGUACUUUCCUUGAUUUUAAAGCUUGCUUACCAAGAGCUGGAAGCUACGAUGGAGCAGAAGGGGGUCUGGAUACUUUCACUCAUUUUAAUUUUAGGACUUGGUGCAUUGGCCGAUGACAAGAAAGCUCCACCGGAAUGCCGAUGUCACGUUGAUCCCAAAGCAAGAGUUAACUGUGGACCUCCUGGAAUCACUCCCCAGCAAUGCCGGGAUGCUGGGUGCUGCUUCAGUUCUGAAGUUGCAGGAGUGCCCUGGUGCUUUGCUCCAAGCCCCCCAAAAUAUAAAAAGGUAUGUCCUUCAGAGGUGAAAGUCAGGAAGAAUUGUGGAUACCCAGGAAUCUCUGCUGCUGCAUGUGAAGAGAGAGGAUGCUGUUUUGAGUCCCGUCCCCCCGCAGUUCCAUGGUGUUUCUUCCAUGUUGAGGUAGCAGAAGAAUGUUAAAACAAAGCUUCAGAAAUGGACAUUUGCACAAGGAGCAUCUCUGCCAAUGGAACAAUUCAAAAAGGAAAACAUGUCAUCAUGCACAUUGUGCUCUUGUAAUUCUGACUUCCACGACACUUUGCUUUGCCUUUGCAUUCCCACAAUAACACAAUUAAUCACAUAUUUUGUCUCCCACUGCUCACAAUAUUAGUGCUUGGCAUCUUUUCAAAGCAAUAAAAGGUUAUAAUAAACUUUAA